CGCCCCUUGGAACAGCGUAAGCCUCAACAGCACAGCCUUGGAACUUUCCGAAAAGCAAAAAUUAUUCCUUUUUCUGAAGACAAUUAGUUUAGCGUUUCUCUUUUUUUUGUCUUUAUAAGAGGAUGGGCACAUUCCACACGCUGGUGUUUGUAUGUAUCGGAUGGAGCUGUUUUACUGUGAGCUCCUCGGAUCUGCUGAAAGAUCAUUUCCGCGGGCUGAGGAGAAUUGCUGGCUUGAAUGAGAAUUCGAGAGACUCUGCUCCCCCUCGGAAGGGAAGCCCCAUCUCCACAGAAUCAGACCUGAUGCAGGACACGCUGUCGGAGCACAUGCUGAUGCUUUAUGACAAGUACAAUAAAGCAGGCUACCAGUUUAAGGAUGGCAAUACGGUCCGCAGUUACAAAGCUAGUUUGGGGUGGAUUGGAGACAAGCAACUGCACAUUUUUAAUCUGACAUCUCUGACAAAAUCCGAAGACAUUUUGUCUGCCACGUUGCAUUAUUAUAUAGCUGACUUUGUAAACAACAGCAAUAUUUGCCCCUAUUCAAAGGUCUGCAGUCAUCAUUUACACAGAAAACAAGUCAACAUUGAUCUUUCAAUCUGGGUUUUUGCCACUGCUGACAAUAACACCAGAAUUCUGGGUCACUAUGUGAUAAACACAUCCACUUUUUAUCGAGACUUUCUCUCUUGGCAGUGGAAAGACAUCACACGUGUGGUUAACAACGUGAAGUCAAGUGAUGACCUGUCGAUUGGAAUUGAGAUCAUGCCUUCUGGUCCAACCUUGUGGAAACAGUUGCUUUCAAACCGUUCACCUUAUAUCUUGGUGUAUGCGAAUGAUUCUGCAAUUUCAGAACUGGACACUGUGGUGAGCACCCUUCAAAGACACCGCGGAUCAUUUGUCACCAAAGUGCAGGGUUUUGGAAUCAAUACUGCAAACAGGACUUUUGAAGUAAGAAAGAAAAGGUCAACUAACUUACUCAUGCCCCUGCACAACAAUGAAUUACCUGGUGCAGAGUACCAGUACAAUGAGGCUAGUGCAUGGGAGACUAGAAGGCCAUAUAAAAAGCUGCAUACUCGGCCAGCAGACAGGCAAAGAAAGACAAAGCAGAGGAAGGGCAACAGACAGAAAUCACAGACUCUUCAGUAUGAUGAGCAAACAUUGAGGAAGGCAAGACGGAGACAAUGGAAUGAACCCAGAAACUGUGCUCGUCGUUACCUGAAAGUAGAUUUUGCAGACAUUGGAUGGAGUGAGUGGAUAAUCUCACCCAAGUCUUUUGAUGCCUAUUAUUGUGCAGGUGCCUGCCAGUUCCCAAUGCUAAAGUCUUUAAGACCUUCAAACCAUGCCACGAUUCAGAGUAUAGUGAGAGCAGUGGGCGUUGUUCCAGGGAUUCCAGAGCCAUGCUGUGUACCUGAGAAAAUGUCAUCAUUAAGCAUCCUCUUUGUCGAUGAAAACAAGAACAUUGUCCUGAAGGUCUACCCAAACAUGACAGUGGAGUCAUGUGCUUGCAGAUAACCCCACAGGAACGUGCACAUUGAUUCUGGGUUUGCACUGGUGACAUUUUUGUUUUCUUGUUCAUUCUGAAUGACAAAAGGAAGUCUUCCAACAAAUGAAAACUGAAUGGUGCCUUUAGAUGAAAGGAAAUGAAAGAUAAUUUAUCAUUUUAUUUACAAACCCAUUCACCUGCGUUAAAUACGCAGUUUUCUGAACCAACAAACAAAUCGAAGCGGUAAAGCGUCUGUGUCUGGAAUUCAGAAUUCUGAAACAGAAUUGCAUUUAUUGUAGAUUUAUUUUAAGUUCUUAAAGACUCAUUAAUAUGAAUUGCCAUUGCACUUCAAAAGAUACUGUGUUUGAUGGCUGUUUUAUGACUUAUAUGCCCCAUCCUCCACACACACACCCCAGCCAAUCACAGACUGUGAUGAGCAUUUUAUUUUAUUCUUUGUAUUUUAUUGCAGUACUCUUAAAUAAUUAAGUAAUUUGAAAAAUAAAGCAGCUACGUGAAUCAAUGCAAACGUAUUAUUCGAAAAAGAUCAAUUUAUUUGUUAAAAUACCUUACUGCAGCAGUAAGUCACAUGUUCGGUGCACAACAUUUUAUUUAAUAUUAACGAGCAACAUUUUUUAAUGCAAAAUAUUUGUUGAAGAUGUUGCAUGACCUAAAACAUUCACUUCAGCAGGCAAGGAAGU